GCGCGUCCGCCGCCGCCGGGUCAGUCCGGCAGUCUGUCAGUCAGUCAGUCAGUCACGGAGCGCGCGGCGCAGGAGCUGCGGGCGCUCGCUGCGUCUCCGGGGGGGAAGGAGCGCCGCGUCUGGGGCGGAGGCUGGAGCAGCGCGAGCGGCGGUUGUCCUGCGCGGGGCCGCCGCCGUAGCCGGGGCCGCCGGAGGGCCGAGCGGCAGCCGCGAUGGAGCAGCUAUCAGAUGAAGAAGUUGACCAUGGUGCUGAAGAAGAUAGUGACAAGGAAGAUCAGGACUUGGACAAGAUGUUUGGAGCCUGGCUUGGAGAACUAGAUAAACUCACUCAGAGUUUGGAUUCUGAUAAGCCCGUAGAACCUGUGAAAAGAUCUCCUCUUCGCCAGGAAACAAACAUGGCCAAUUUUUCUUACCGCUUCUCCAUAUAUAACCUGAAUGAAGCUCUCAGUCAGGGAGAGACUGUGGAUCUGGAUGCCCUGAUGGCCGAUCUUUGCUCUAUUGAGCAGGAGCUCAGCAGCAUUGGUUCAGGAAAUAGUAAACGUCAAAUCACAGAAGCAAAAGCUGCUCAGAAAUUACCUGCUGGCCGGCACGCAUCGAAACACGGCACCUUGAAAGGCUUAUCUUCUUCAUCUAAUAGGGUCACUAAGCCUCCUCAAGCUAACUAUUCCCUGGACGACAUCACUGCGCAGCUAGAACAGGCCUCCUUGAGCAUGGAUGAGGCUGCUCAGCAGUCAGUCCUGGAAGACACGAAGCCCGUGGUGACCAGUCAGCACCGGAGAACGGCGUCUGCAGGCACAGUGAGUGACGCCGAAGUGCGCUCUGUGAGUAACUCCUCUCGCUCCAGCAUCACCUCUGCAGCCUCCAGCAUGGACUCUUUGGAUAUUGAUAAAGUGACGCGCCCUCAGGAGCUGGAUUUGACACAUCAGGGGCAGCCAAUUACUGAGGAAGAACAGGCAGCAAAAGUGAAAGCUGAGAAGAUCAGAGUUGCCCUAGAGAAAAUUAAAGAGGCACAAGUGAAAAAGCUGGUGAUUAGAGUCCACAUGUCUGAUGACAGUUCUAAAACAAUGAUGGUGGAUGAGAGACAGACAGUGAGACAGGUGCUGGACAACCUGAUGGACAAGUCCCACUGUGGUUAUAGUUUAGACUGGUCACUGGUGGAAACCGUGUCUGAAUUACAAAUGGAGAGAAUCUUUGAAGACCAUGAAAACCUGGUUGAAAAUCUUCUUAACUGGACAAGAGAUAGCCAAAACAAACUUAUAUUUAUGGAGCGUAUAGAAAAAUACGCCCUUUUCAAAAACCCACAGAAUUAUCUUCUGGGAAAAAAGGAAACUGCUGAGAUGGCAGACAGAAACAAAGAAGUGCUGUUGGAGGAAUGUUUUUGUGGAAGUUCUGUAACUGUACCAGAGAUUGAAGGAGUACUGUGGUUGAAAGAUGAUGGCAAGAAGUCCUGGAAAAAGCGUUAUUUUCUCUUACGAGCAUCUGGUAUCUACUAUGUCCCCAAAGGAAAAGCAAAGGUCUCUCGGGAUCUGGUGUGCUUUCUCCAGUUGGAUCACGUCAAUGUUUAUUAUGGCCAGGACUAUCGGAACAAGUACAAAGCACCUACAGACUACUGUUUGGUGCUGAAGCACCCACAGAUCCAGAAGAAAUCUCAGUAUAUCAAAUACCUUUGCUGUGACGAUGUGAGGACACUGCAUCAGUGGGUCAAUGGAAUUCGCAUUGCCAAGUAUGGGAAGCAGCUCUACGUGAACUAUCAAGAAGCCUUGAAGAGGACAGAGUCUGCUUAUGACUGGACUUCCUUAUCCAGCUCUAGCAUCAAAUCAGGAUCCAGUUCCUCCAGCAUUCCAGAGUCUCAGUCGAAUCACUCUAAUCAGUCUGAUAGUGGCGUCUCGGACACCCAGCCCGCAGGACACGUCCGUUCCCAGAGCGCCGUGAGCUCCAUCUUCUCUGAAGCCUGGAAGCGAGGCACUCAGCUGGAAGAGUCCAGCAAGGCCAGAAUGGAGUCUGUGAAUCGGCCCUACACGUCACUUAUGCCCCCUUCGUCCCCACAACCCAAGAUGGUGACCCCCUACACGGCUUCUCAGCCUUCGCCCCCUCUGCCGCCGCCCCCACCGCCGCCGCCACCCCCGCCGCCUCCGCCACCCCCGCCGCCUCCCCCGCUCCCCAGCCAGUCUGCGUCGUCUUCAGGCUCGGCCGCCACCAUGUUUGUCAAGUACAGCACCAUCACGAGGCUGCAGAACGCGGCUCAGCAUUCGGGGCCCCUGUUCAAGCCUCCGCCCCCGGCCUCGCAGUCGGCUAAGCCUCAGGUCCUGGUGCCCCCCAGCGGCGUUGUCCCCCCACCGCCUCCCCCUCCGCCACCCCCAACCCCCGGCUCGGCCAUGGCCCAGCUCAAGCCGGCCCCCUGCACCCCAUCCCUCCCGCAGUUCAGCCCCCCACCGCCUCCACUGAAGAUCCAUCAGGUCCAACAGGUUACUCAGGCAGCUCCUCCCACGCCCCCACCGGCUCCCGCCGCCGUGCCCGCGACCCUCCCUCCUCAAGCACCCCCCAAGCCCCAGGUGACCAUCCCGCCACCGACCAGCGCCAAGACCAGCGCGCCGCCCGCCGCCACCCAGGCCGCGCCGCCUACACCCACCCCACCGGUGCCCCCGGCCAAAAAGCAGCCAGCUUUCCCCGCGCUUCACGGCCCGCCCGCCCCUCCGGGCCCCGUGCCCCCUCCCACGCUACCCAAGCAGCAGAGCUUCUGUGUGAAGCCCCCUCCGUCUCCGCUGUCGCCCGCGCCCUCGGUGGUGAAGCAGCUGGCCAGCCAGUUCCCCCCGCCCCCGGGGGACCCCCAGCCCGCGAAGCCCGCGGCCCCACAGUCCCCCCCUGCAGUGAAAGCAAAGCCUAAGUGGCAGCCGAGCUCCGCCCCGGCCCCUUCUCCCGACUUCCCGCCUCCCCCGCCGGAAAGCAGCCUGGUGUUCCCGCCGCCGCCGCCGCCGCCCCCACCGGCCCCGGCCCCGCCGCCCCCGCCGCCGCCCCCCCCACCUGGGCCGCCCACAGCUGCUCCCGCCCCGGACCGAAGCGGAUCUCCCGGCAAGAAGAGCAGCAAGACCUCCAGCCCCGGGGGGAAGAAGCCGCCCCCGACCCCCCAGCGCAACUCCAGCAUUAAGUCCGCCGCAGGCGCGGAGCCGCCCGAGCCCAAGCGGCCCUCGGUGGACAGUCUGGUCAGCAAGUUCGCCUUGGCCGCGGAGCCGGGCCCUCCGGCAGCACCCCCGAAACCGGGGAAGCUCAACCUCUCCGGGGUGCACCUUCCCGGGGCGCUGCAGCAGGGCGGCGCGCCCGCCAGAGCCCCGGCCCUGGGCGCACGCAAAGACUCGGCCGCGGAGUUCCCGUCCCCGCCCUCGGACUCCGACUUCCCGCCGCCUCCCCCCGAAACCGAGCUGCCUCUGCCCCCGAUAGAGAUCCCCGCGGUGUUCUCGGGGAGCACCUCGCCCAAAGUGGCCGUCGUCAACCCGCAGCCGCAGCCGCAGCCGUGGGCCAAGUCGUCGGCCAAGCGGGCCCCUCCGCCCACGCGGCCCAGGCGGAACGACAGCACGCGCCUCACGCAGGCCGAGGGCGCCGAGCCGCCCCCGACGGCCGCGGUCUUGCCCCAAGUGCCCACCUCGCCCAAGGCCAGCCUUAGCGUGCAGCCCGCCUUCCUGGCCGACCUCAACAGGACCCUGCAGAGGAAGUCCGUCACCCGGCACGGCUCACUGUCGUCCUCCCGCGCGUCCCGAGCAGAACCCACGGCCACCAUGGAUGACAUGGCCUUGCCCCCGCCGCCCCCCGAGCUGCUGACUGAUCCACAGAAGGCUGGCUACGGAGGCAGCCACAUAUCGGGCUACGCGACCCUGCGGAGGGGACCCCCUCCCGCGCCCCCCAAGAGAGACCAGAGCACCAAGCUCUCGAGAGACUGGUAGCCACCGUGGGACUCUUGUCCGUGGUAGCUGUAGUCAGUUCUACAAUCAGCUCAGCUGCGUGCCUGUGGACUCAGGUGCGCAGAGGCUCCGGGUGUGAUGUUAUUCAGGUAGUGUCCAGCUGUGCAUGUGUGCGCGUACACACACAUGGCUAGAAAUAGAUUGUGUGUAUGUAUGUAUGUAUACAUAUGUGUAUAUAGCGCGCGCUGAGAGAGAGUCUAUUUAUUUCUUUUUCUCUCCUGGUCUGAAAAGUGAGUUUCGUGUAUUUUGGUUUGAAGAGGCAUGGAAAGGGGCUCUGUGUGCUGUCCUAUAUGAUUUUUUUGAUCUGUCAUACGGAUUGGACCAAAAGCUAGCUGACAUAGAAGGUGUUUUGUAAGCGUGUGUCCGAGCGCGGCCUCUCUGCAUGUUGUGUAUUACAUAACCGAGGAGUAGGUGUGCAGUGUGCUGUUCCUCACUCUGAGAGGCCACCAGGUGGCUGGCGGAGCUGCAGGGCUGCCACACGUGUGUCCCCCAUCGCCGGAGGUUAGAAUGCUGUGGCUGACACUUCGUUACUGAACAUGAAGGGCACUUUAACACACAAGAACCUCUCAGCUUCCCAGAACAGUGCACAGAGCAGGAGGGAAGUUUUCAGGGUGCAUGUGGUUGUGCACACAAGCAAACCCAUGGUGUAACUCAGCUGUUGCAGGUGCACGGGUCCUUUCUCGGGAGGGGCUUUGGCCUGCAGCACGUGGGUGGUGUAGCCCUGCAGCCCUGCUUGGUUCCUUUCCAGCAGCGCUUUAUGAAGCUUCACCAGCGUCAACAGCUCCAUGUCGCGGUCCUUGUUCUGAUUCACUGUGAGAUUGUGCAACACAGUAGCCCCAGUAUGCUGUGUCCCAGCGCGUCCUUGGGUCACCGGUGCACACCUUAGCUGGCUGCUGCUGUUGGGUAUCCGUAGACUGUGCCCAGCGUGACACAGUCAGGACAAACAAAAUCACCUUCUGAAAUGCCAGCCUUUGUGUGUACCGCUCUCUGAGAGGGGAAGGGUGGUAAGACAAAUGAGUACAAAAUGGGCUCUGGACAGAAGUCGCAUCAGGGUGGUCGUGGGCGGUAGCAUGUCGUACAAGGAAGGGUUAAGUGCGGCCUAUCAGGGAGAGAACAGUUUGACAAGUUGGUCCGCAGCCACUAGAGCUCCUGGGACCUUUGCCGGUUGCAGCCUGGUUUUACUUGUCUAGGUUCCCAGGUGUUGUGACGGAGCGCAGACGCACGUGCGGGGCGCAGGGCCGGAAGCAGCGCACCAGCGGCACACGAGACUGUGCUUCACCCGGUGCCGCCGGGCUUUUUUCCCUAUGAAUUUUCCUCGGUACAUGAGGGGAGAGUGUACUGCCUUGCCAAUUUACCAUGAUAAACUGAUGAAUAAAACGCAAUCUUAGCGCUGCUCUUCAACAAGGUUAAAAACGGCCACGCUGCAACUGGAAAUGAGCACGUCUUGUCCUGAGCACCUGCGCCUGUUGUGAGUAAGGAUUGGGGGGGUGGGGGAUGCCGGCGAAGCGGGGCAGAUGGCAGAGGGCGAGCAGGCGGGAGUGGUGCCGUGUGCACAGGGAGUGAGGGCUGGCGCCUCGGCUGCUGGCCGCCCAGGGCACUGGCGAGAGAUGGCUGUGGCUGUGAAGCGGGAAGGGCAGCCCUGCUUCUGGAAGGUACUGGCCGUUUCAGAGUGGCCGCAGAGUUCUGUGUGCCCGACAGCCCCGGGAAGUGGCCGCGGACUGCCUGCCCCGGUCAUUUCUCCACGCACAGCAGUUUGGGUAACCUUUGCGUUCAGAUUGCCAAGCUCCUCUGUGGCAAUUUCCUACUAUUCUGCCUUCAUAAUUCUGAGGAGCACCGGUGUCGUGGGGUAGGAGCUGACGACAGUGCGAGUCCUCUUCUCGAAAUAGCCAUCUCUUGAGUUUCGAGUCGAGUGUUUUGUUGUGGGGCUUAAUUUUUUUUAAUACGGAAGUGACAAGUUUUCCUUGAAGGAAAAAAAAAAUUGUGUGCCCCUGACCUUGCACUGGUGAUCUGAGCGUCUGUUCUAGUGUGGGAUUUCCUGUCUGCCAGUCCCGACAGCCGCUCUGCACCGGGGCUUGUGGUGUGGCUUCCUGGGACAGCUGGCGGCCUUCUGAGCAUCAGUGACGCCACACGGAUCGCGGGGCAGGAGCGAUGUCACUCACGGCCAGUGGCUUGGCCGGCAGCAGCUGUUUCCCCUUACAUUUCUCCAAAGAGCUGUUGAAUUUUUACUAAAUGUGAAACUGAACCAAAAAAAAAAAUAUGUUAGAUUAUGCUCCUAGUGUGUAACUUCCUAGUGGUUUUUCUUUAAUUUGGAUGUUUGUUGGGAUGUGGUUUUUUUUGGUUGGUUGGUUUUUUUAAAAAAACAUUGAUUUAUUUGAAAGGCAGACAGAGAUCUUCACCCACUGGUUUACUCCCCAAAUGCUGGGCCAGGCUGAAGCCAGAGCCAGGUACUCUCUCUGGGUCUCGCCGCCUGGUGGCAGGGACCAGCUAUGUGGACCAUCAUCCACUGCCCUCCCAGGUGCAUUAGUAGGAAGCUGGAUUCGAAGAGCAGCCGGGACCCAAAGCAGCACUCAGGUGUGGGAUGCCAGCUCUCCAGUGGUGGUGAGCCUGGUGGGAGGCAGUUCAGUGAGAGCCCUGUGUUCGGUAGCGCUCUUCGCCUGUGGGAGCGCCCGCUGCCACGGGAGCCUGGUGCUAAGCCUCUUUCACUGCCACUCUGCUGGGCUUCUUCAGGCCCAAGGAGAUGGGGACAGGGGACAAGGCCAUACUGACCAAGUGCAGUGACACCCAUCAUUUUUACUAUAAAUAAUUUGAAAAUUGACCCAUUCUAUGCUUAAAAGUCUUGGCAUCAGCUCUGAAGGGCAGCAGUACCUGUUGGUUAGUAGAACAGCUUACUUCAGGUUCAUGGUGCUAACGUAAUUAUUAGACUAUUCCAUAUUCAUUGUAGAACCAACUGGGCUACUCAAGCAAAUUUAAAUACAUUUUUUCCCUUAGUGAUAAUUCUCACUUGGGCAAAACUUGAAGUUUAUACAAAUAACCACUUAACUGUACAUCAGGCUUUCAAACAUUUCUGGAACUGUUGACAGUGAGGAAGACUGCCUUAGGGAAUGAGUGCAGCCUGCACCGCCGUGCUCCACACGCCUCGGCCUCCGGGUGCUCCGCCCACUGGGCGUCCGCUUCUCCCUAGAAACAGCGCUGAGCGGAUCCAACACAGCGGGUACAGCGAUUCUGACAGUGCUGGCUGUUAGGAGGAAGGUUAGCAGGCCUGUGUGUUCGGUAAGUGUCGGACGCCGGCGUUCUGGAGAACACACACUGCCGGUAAGCCUCGGUCCAGGGGGUACGGUUCGGAGUUAGUCUGCACAGGAUUCCAGCUAGCGGUGUGGACGGGUUUGAUCUGACUGCCACCUUGCUCCUCAGCUAAAAGCAAUUUUGUAUUACAAACACAAGGUAAUUCCAAAACAAGAAACCCAUUGCGAUUUUAAUAUGUCACCAAACUUUCACAUCAACGCAGCUAACAAAUGUGUAGCUGGCGUAAUCAGACUUUACUCCAGGCGAGGCCAGGUGAGCCCCAGUGGCCUUGGAUGACUGUGACUGUGGUGACUGCUUGCAGUAACGCGGGCCACACUCUUAAUGAGAAGAUGAGUAUCUCUUUAAAACAAAACUCCCUUAGACUGCAGGUGGUUUUUGGCACUUUUUGUUUUGUACACUUUGCAUUAGUUGUGUAAAUGAAGCAGGGUAUCCCUGUCCCUGGAGGAUGUGUGACCUCUCACAGAGACUGGAUCCAAAGAGAACUGCAGGUAGAACAAAAUUAAACAUCCCACUGUCUUCUGAGAUGUUCACUUUGAAAUCCAGUGAGAACAUUUCUACACCUUUCCCAGACUAUCCUGCAAAUAAAAAGUGCUCCGUUCUUAUUGUGCCCUUGUCUGUGUGUACAAGAAACCUGAAAUCUAGCUGCACAAUCAAUUCCAAGCAAAGAUCAGCAAAACAUACUUGGUAACAUUAGGAGAAAAACAAAACCUCUAAUUGGUUUGCUCUUGUAAACCAUUUACAAGAGAAAACCCUUGCUGUAAUCCCCAGUGCCUUGAACUCUCGGAGGAAUAGCAUCACACACACACGCACACACACACACGCGCACACACUCUGAGGUGCUUACUGAAGCAAAGGCAGAUGAGGGUCCUGAUAGGAAUGGAAGGAGUGCCGGUCUUACAGGAGAUGGCUUCAUCACUGAAAUGAGGUCUGGCUCUUUUCUACCAAAGACGCUGGGAGAAGGGCCUCGGGGGCAGAGCGCCCGAGGAGGGGCUGUGUUGACAACAGGCGGCUUCCAGUCGCAGGCUCCCGGCUACUGAAGCCUCAGCCUCUUCCUAGGCAGUAGAACAUGUCUGCAGCACUUAGGGGACAACGAAAUGAAACAAACCUACUUUCUGGAACCGUCCCUUGUUCGUUAAGUUUAUUGUAACCUGAUACCAAAAACUGCCAUUUGUCAUGACUGUCCACCUCCGGAAUUUUUUUUCUUCUUGUAAAUAAUCCUUCUAGAAAAUAAGCAUUAACUGGAAUGUUUCAAAUGAAUUUACUUAAGUUCUAUUAUGAGUCACUAGUGACUUACAGAGAUGUACAUUUAAGGUAAAAUACCAUUAGCUUGUGCUCAGUGUUGUAAAAACGUUGUUUACUGUUUUAAAGGAAAGUUGCACAUAAGUGGGGUUGCCCCUGCCUCCGUUCUUGCCCUACUUCUUUAAAAAAUGGAGUCAAAGCUUACACUGACUUCCAGCUUUGCCAUAGAUAGAUACAGUGUAGAAAUAUACUUUUCUAAAGCAUGAAAAAGACAACCUGAACUGUUACACAGAGGACAUUAUUCAAAGGAUUAUGCACAGCUCAGUGAAGAGGGUCAAUUUUUUCUCAGCUUUGUUGUUUUCCUCUGCAUCAAUGUAUGCUCUCAUUUCAUUAUGUGCCUUGCUCCCUGAUUGUGCAAAGCUGGAGAGAGAGAGAGAGAGAUAUGAGAGAUUCAGUACUACUGAUCACGUUCUGCUGGAUGAAGUUAUUUUCCAAGUGAACUCUUGCCAGUUACUGUCAGUAAACUAUUGUAAUGGCUUAGGACAGUGGUUGUACAGUCAGCUAAAUUGGUUUUUCAGUUACAUGUUUGCAUUUUGUCACCUUACCUGGUCACUGAUGAUAAUAAACCAACACCAACCAACCAUAGAUUCUCAUCCAGAUGGUGUGUGUGAAUUGGCACCAUUAAGAACCUGGUUUUGCUUCAUGUUGGGGGUACCCAAAAUUAAGUUGUACAAUAAGAACAAACUAAGUGUGAAGGUGGAUAAACUAGUUUGAUGUGUUCAACUUGUUAACUUUUAAGGAUAGUCUAGUUUAUACCAACAAACUGGGGAGCUUGGGCCAUUAAAUAUAUUAGCAAUUAAGAAGUACUAGCUUAAAAUUUUCUUUAAAUAAAGUACAACUAGUAAAAAGUAGUACAAAAAAGGGAUGUUUUGUUUCAGCGUUCUGGAGUCACGGUAUGUGUUGGGCUGCCAACUUCAACGUAUGUGUCUGUGUGUGCUCCACUCUGUCUACAAACCAUGUUACCAUUUCCCCAAAAUGGAAAACAUCACUGUCACUCACCAGCUGCCAGUCCUGUCUGGUUUUGAAAACUACACCUGCACUUUGGCCUCAGAGGAAAAGGGUCAGUGCAGUAAACACGGACUGAAAAGAGGAUGGAAUUAGGGCUUAGACCCCCUCCACAAAUCCACAAAGCAUUUUGGCCAAAUGUGUAAUUCCAACAUAACCCAAAAAGAGCCAAGUAAGGCUCACAGAAGACUGGCUAUUGAACUUAGCUGUUCCCUUGCCUGAGACUCCUCCUAGUCGCGCUUUCUAAGAUGUAAAUGGCAUUAUCCAGGUAUUCCAUAGGAUUCUGUCACCUGAGGACAUCCAAGGAUAAAGGUGCAGAGGGCAGGGGAGGGGGGACUGAAACAUUCUUGGGGUUCACGGGAGCAUGGCUUUGGGUCCAGAGUUACUCAGACAUAACAUCAGAAAAUUCUGAGCCAACAACAGAACAGUCUUGCUAGUUUUCUUUUAGUCACAACUUGGACCAUCUGCAGUACUUUUGUCACUCCCAUUUUCAGUGUUAGAAAAACACUGACAUUGAGAAUUUAGAUGUAGUUGGGGGGAAGUGGGAAGAAAGCAGUUCAUAAUCAGGGCAACUGCAGGAGAGGAAACUUGACACAUUAUCCUUAUUGCAAGCUCAACAUUUUCAUGGUAUCCCAAACCACCUAGAAUGGUUACUUACGAUAAAUAAUUUCAUAAGACAACUGAAUAUACUUUGUGGGAUUUUUAUUUAGGUCAAGUUCUUAGUACACAGCAAUAACCCCAAAUACAAUUAAAAAAUUAAAAAGUGAAUGUUCCCCCGCUCAUCUGGAGGUGGUUUAAUGGCACACACAAGAAACAGUACUGGCAACUGCUCCCUCAAGUUUUCCUGAAUGAAUGGAUUUUGCUCAAUACCAGCUCUCCCUCUGGGAGCUAAAAAGCACAACUGGCCAGAUCACAAUUGUUGACAUUCUUUUUUGUAAACCAUUUUCUUAAGAAAAAAGGUACAUGGACAGAAGUAUGAUUAAAAACUGCUUUUCCAUAGAUUUCUGAAGUUGCAAAAGAGGUUUCAUUUUAAUGUGAAAAUAAGUUUUUUUUUUUUUU